AAGGGAGUUUGGACUUGAUUUUCUGUUUCUGUUUCUCGAGACAUCUACUUACGACUUAUCGGGCAAUCGGAAAAGUCCAAGAUCUUCGGUGAAGUUUGAACCCGAGAUUUAUUUUUCUAGAGCUUCACUAUCAAUCACCAAACGAUAAACUUUGCGACGACAUACUUAAUUGCUGAGUACCCCAGGGAGUGUCAAAAUGUCAACAUCGCAACAAGUCACCAAAUUGAAAAGAAUAGUAUGGACGGGUGCAAUUGCAUCAGUUACAGUCGUGGGCACAAUAUAUGGUGCUGGGUUGAAAACGCAGGGAGAACAAAAACAGCAAAUUCGCAAAGUCCGCGAAGCCCCAAUCUCUGAACGAAUUGCUCAUCUUGAAGAACAGCGAGGAGUAUUAGUGGGUAAAAGAAUGGGGUUGCAAAAGAAAAUUGAAGAAUCACAAAUGAGGCGGAAUGGAGCAACGGUUGAAGAAAGUACUCGGGGAAUGGAGAGGAAGAGGGGAGAAAAUGUUGGUUUGACGAUGGAGGGGGAGAGAAAGACGACAAGGGUGGACAUGGAGGAUAAUUUAAGGGUGGUGGGAGUGGAGACGGAGAUUGAAGAGGGGAAGAAGGGAAGAGAGAGGAAGAGGACUUGGUGGUGAGGGGGCUGCAUGCUAAAGGAUUUGAGAUAUUCGGGAGAAGAGGCAGUCUACAUAUGCGGUAGCGAAGACUUUUGCGAUGGGGCUAUGCUUUGAUUACAAGCAUCGAUACCUCCAUGGACUCGAGGAGAGGGAGAGUAGCGAUGGCGAAUACAUUGCGCAACAGAAGAGGGAGAUAUUUUUAGUCAGGCUGGGAAAGCUGUGCUAUAGGCGCGGCGGCAUAGGAAUUGCGUGUCGUCAUCGAGAAAGGAAGGAAAGGAGACUUGGCGGCAGAAAUUCGAGACAAGCAGUCUGCAUCAUAAACGUGAAAGAAUGCAAGAAGACUCUCGCCUCGAUCACCGCAAAAGGUACCACCUGAAACUUUCCUGGCCGACUCACCACCCUGUAUGAACCAAACACUUUGCACUCUCAAGCAUUGGGAGAUGAGCUUUGAAAUUGGGGUCGAAAUACCUCUGUGUUUGGGGAAAUUUACCCGACAGAACACCUGGAUUGGAUACAAGCCAUUAUCGCAUAUCAGCUCUGAUAGAUGGCAAAUAUGAAAUUUACAUUGAGCAACUUCAAUUUUCCGAGUACUCAUAAGGAGGAUGUAGAUAUUAUUACACAGCUAAUAAUACCUCCCGCAACAAUAUCAUCAGAUGAUUUGUAUGUCAGUGAAACACUAAGACGAUGCAAAGCUGCUUUCACAAAUAUAUCGUCUCAGAUGAUCAAUAAGUUGGCAAGUACGUUCCUACGGUUUUACAUGCACGUGCUAUACGAUAGUUUGAGCAGUUCUAUCGCAGUUCCUGGCAUCUUCUUAUACAGCAAGUAGCUCAUUCAAAGUGCAUUUCCAUUCGAUUUCCAUUUUCAUGUACGUGAGUGAUCUUAUGGGCUAAGUAGACUCAUCAUUAU